UGUGGUUCUUGACAGCUUGUUCAGGUCCACAGAACUCCACUCCCACUCUCUAUUUUCUACUCCUCUGCAUAUUUGGGGGAAAAAAAAUCCAAUCUUUUUCAUUAGGGUUUUCCUUCGAUUCGUUCCUUCAAUUCAAUGGCUUCCGCAAUGCUGAACGGAGCUGAAAAUCUCACUCUAAUCAGAGCGAUUGCCCCAAACCCAAAAGGCCUAGGUUUUCACGCCUCAGAUUUCAGCGGCAAACACUUCCCCAAGCUAACUUCAGUUUCCUGCGGCAAGCUUUCCAUGAGGCCGAUGAAGAGCAGAUCCCCCAUCACCAAAUGCAGCGUUUCAGCUCCCAGGCCAGCCUCGCAGCCGAGAUUCAUCCAGCACAAGAAGGAGGCUUUCUGGUUCUACAGGUUUCUGUCAAUCGUGUACGACCAUGUGAUUAACCCGGGGCAUUGGACGGAGGAUAUGAGGGACGACGCAUUGGAGCCGGCGGAUUUGUACACCCGGAAUUUGACGGUGGUGGAUGUCGGCGGUGGGACCGGGUUCACCACCUUGGGGAUAGUGAAGCAUGUUGAUGCCAAGAAUGUGACGAUUCUUGAUCAGUCGCCGCAUCAGCUUGAAAAGGCUAAGCAGAAGGAGCCAUUGAAGGACUGCAAGAUCAUUGAAGGAGAUGCUGAGGAUCUCCCAUUCCCGACGGACUUCGUCGAUCGAUACGUUUCGGCUGGGAGUAUCGAGUACUGGCCGGACCCACAGCGUGGAAUUAGAGAAGCUUACAGGGUGCUGAGGCUUGGGGGAAAGGCAUGCUUAAUCGGACCUGUUUAUCCAACGUUUUGGUUAUCUCGUUUCUUUGCAGAUGUGUGGAUGCUCUUCCCAACAGAGGAAGAGUACAUUGAUUGGUUUCAAAAGGCCGGGUUUAAGGAUGUCCAGCUUAAAAGGAUCGGUCCAAAAUGGUAUAGAGGAGUUCGCAGACAUGGACUCAUCAUGGGAUGUUCCGUCACUGGUAUCAAACCUGCAUCUGGAGAUUCACCGUUGCAGCUUGGUCCAAAGGCGGAGGAUGUAUCGGAACCUGUGAACCCGUUUGUAUUUUUCUCGAGGUUCAUUCUUGGUGCACUGGCCGCAACUUAUUAUGUGCUGGUUCCGAUAUACAUGUGGAUCAAGGACCUAAUUACCCCGAAAGGUCAACCUAUAUAGGAAGGAUAUGAUCAAGGCAAAAGUAAUUCGAGUUUGUUCUGGAUGUUGCAAGUUUCUGCUGUAUUUCAUUUUUUUUUUUAAUCUGAGUGGCACCUUGUCAAACUUGUUUCAAUUCUCCGUAUGUGGAUUGACACCUAUGUUACUCUCUAGUUUUGCAGUCAAGAAUCUAAAUCAAUGAGC